AUGUCUCUCCCGAAGCGGAUCAUCAAGGAAACCGAGAGACUUGUCGCUGAUCCAGCACCCGGAAUAUCUGCUGCGCCACACGAAGACAAUCUCCGAUACUUCGACGUUUCUAUCCAAGGGCCAGAUGGCAGUCCCUUUGCGAAUGGUGUGUUUCGGCUAGAAUUAUUCCUCCCGGAGGAAUACCCAAUGAGCCCUCCCAAGGUGCGCUUCCUGACAAAGAUCUACCACCCCAACAUCGAUAAGCUUGGGCGAAUCUGUUUAGAUAUCUUGAAAGACAAAUGGUCUCCGGCACUUCAAAUCCGUACCGUCCUGCUUUCUAUUCAGGCGCUACUCAGCUCUCCGAAUCCCGAUGAUCCGCUUGCCACCGAUGUUGCAAAGCAUUACAAGGAAAACGAGAAGGAUGCGCAGCGUGUCAGCCGGGAGUGGACGGAGAAGUAUGCGUCUGCAUGA